UAUUUCUCCGAUCAGUUUCGAACACGAGUUUACUAAUUCUUAGUCGAACACGUUACCAACGUUACCAAACGUAGGAAACAUAAUUAAUGUAAUUUAAAUGCAGCCUCCUAACACAGAAAGUUCAUAAAACGGCCGCCAGAUGUAAGUGCAAUCGGUGUUAGGAUCUAAACAAUUAGUCUAGUAAAUAAUUUGCAUUAAUUUUGAUAAUGGUCGAUAUUUUUUGGGUGUUUGCAUUAUUAUUACAUUUUUAUCGAUCAUUGGUGUUAAGCUGAUCAUAGAAUUAAGAACAAACAAAAAAAUGAAUAAUUAAAUGCACGUAUUAAGAAAGGUGUUGGUGAAUCUCAUCGUUCUUGCUGUUCUUUUGGUGAUACUUUAUUGUUAUCAAACACCAUCAAACGUUUCACGUUGGAUAGUGGGUCAAGUUGAAAAUCGAAAUGUUGAAAAAUCUACUAACGAUGAAUUCAUUUCAACCACCUUAAAGGAGACCAACGAUAUUUUUAUCAACAUAACCUCAACGACAAUCACUUUUCCAAAUGCUAUCAUAACAAACACAUAUCAAAAUCAAUUGUAUUACAAUGUUUGGUGUAUAUUCACGAAAGUUGGUACGAAUUCACCGAUGCGAACAAAAUUUCACGUUUUUACGAAAUCCUUGCUUGCAUUUGCUACAGUGGACAUCGCUUUUCAUGUGAUAAUUGAUGAUGAUAGUUAUACCAUUGCUGAUACCAUAGUGCAAGAUGUUAUGUCUACUACUAACAAAACAAUGAAAGUGCAAUAUUAUAACGUACACGAACAAGCUCGACAGUUGGAGGACAUAGUUUCAGUCAUGUCACCGCAUUUCAGUAGCAAACCAGGGACGUACUACUCAGAUGCACUUUUCUUUCUAUCUCUCGGUUUGCAUAGAAUAGCACCACCUGAUCAAAAAUUAGCAGCUAUGUUUGAUGCAGAUACUAAGUUUCGUAAAGACAUUAAAGAAUUGUUUAAAGAAUUUGAUAACUUUGGUAAAGAAGCUCUCUUUGGUUUAGCACCAGAAUUAAGUCCUGUAUAUAGGCAUGUUUUGUACUUAUAUCGUAGCAGACACCCAAAGACCAUGUUCGGUGAAUCACCUAAUAUGGGUGGUUUUCCUGGUUUUAAUAGCGGUAUGGUCCUAUUUCAUUUAGAAAGAUUACGUAAGUCUUCCUUGUAUGAAAAAAUUGUUACUAAAGAUAGCGUUGAUGCUAUGACUGCUAAAUAUCAUUUUAAGGGACACCUGGGGGAUCAAGAUUUUUAUACAGUAUUAGGUAUGGAACGUCCUGAAUUAAUUUAUACCAUUGAUUGCGGUUGGAAUAGACAAUUGUGUACAUGGUGGAGAGAUCGUGGUUACUCUGAUGUAUUCAAUAAUUAUUCUCUGUGUAAUUCAGAAACUAAAUUAUGGCAUGGGAAUUGCAAUACUCCUAUACCUGAUCAUUAAGUAUUACAUAUUAUUAAAUAGUGCCUUCUAUUAGAGGGACCAGAAAGUAAUCUACAAAUAUCCAAUUUUUGAUAUUUUUAUCAAAAACCGAUUGAUUUUUGUCAAUUUGGUAUUAGAAGUUUUGCAUACUGUAUGAAAAGAGGUUAUUGAUUACUGGGGUGGUGAUUACAUCAUUGAUUAAAAAUAAAAACUUGUUGGAACAAAAUAUAUUUGUUUAAAUUUAAGGUUAGAAAGUAACAUUACUUUCCGGUCCAUCUAUUAUUCAAAAGAUUUUGAUAAAAUAUUGCGAAUAGUAUUGAUAAUAAUUAUUUGUAUAAUCUGUGAUAGAAAGUAAAGUAUA